AUGGUUUUCCGCGCUCCGAGUUGGACAGAAGAACUGCCGCCGAUCCCAGACGAUGUCGCUCUGUGUGACUUUAUGCUGGACGACAAGCAUGGCCGGCACCCAUUGGCGUCGUCGAAACACCCGUUCACCUGUGGAAUGACCGGGCGGACCUAUUCCUCUGCGAAGGUGGCCGAACGCGUUGAUGUCCUUGCUCGAGCCCUGGCGAAGGAGUUUGGAUGGCAGCCCAACAGGGGAACAGAAUGGCAGAAGGUGGUGGGAAUCUACAGUUUCAAUACGAUCGAUUUUCUCGUGCUUUGUUGGGCCAUCCACCGAUGUGGUGGUAUCGCGUCUCCCGCCAAUGCCAUGUACUCUGGCCCUGAACUCGCCUACCAAUUGAAAGAUUCUGGGGCUCAAUGUCUCUUCACAUGUAUUCCGUCGUUGCCAACUGCCCUAGAAGCAGCUGCGAAAGCUGGUAUCCCGAGAAACCGAAUUUAUAUCUUGGAUCUUCCCGUCGAGUUUACAGGGGCUGGCAAGGUCCCGGAGGGCAUGAGGACCCUAGAGCAGUUCAUUGUUGAAGGCUACUCACUACCAAAAUUGGAACGAUUGAACUUUGCGCCAGGUCAAGCAGCAAAACAAACGGCGUUUUUGUGCUACUCCAGUGGAACAUCCGGUCUUCCAAAAGGCGUAAUGAUUUCCCAUAGGAACGUCAUUGCCAACACUUUGCAAAUAGCGACAUUUGAAGCGCCCUUUAGAAGGUCUUUGAAACCCGCCGGCACAGACGGCUUUACGGACGUAGGCCUGGGACUACUUCCUCAGAGUCACAUCUAUUCCUUGGUGGUUAUGUGUCAUGCUGGGCCCUACCGCGGUGACCAGAUUAUCAUUUUGCCCAAAUUUGACCUCAAUCAGUAUCUUGAUACGGUUGAGAAAUAUAAAAUAGCCACACUUUUUGUGGUGCCUCCGAUUAUUCUUGCGAUGCUGAGAAGCAAAGAAUUAUGCGAUAAGCGAGAUUUGAGCGCAGUAAGGAGUAUUUUCACAGGAGCUGCUCCCUUGGGCAAAGAGCCUGCUGAAGAAAUGCAACAAUGGAAACCAUCUUGGUCCAUUAGGCAGGGAUAUGUUUGCACUACAAGUGCGCAUGACGUUUGGCUCGGCUCGUCCGGUUCAAUCGUCCCUGGGUUCGAAUGUAAAAUCAUGUCGCCCGAAGGUGUUGAACUGACAGGCUACGAUGAGCCCGGAGAACUGGUUGUGAAAUCUCCGUCAGUCGUACUGGGAUACCUUAACAAUGAGAAAGCAACCAAGGAGACAUUCCUUGAUGAUGGCUGGAUGCGUACUGGCGAUGAAGCUGUCGUCCGCGUUGCCCCGAGCGGCGUGGAGCAUAUUUUCAUCGUCGACCGAAUAAAGGAAUUGAUCAAGGUCAAGGGUUUGCAAGUCGCCCCAGCGGAGCUUGAAGCCCAUCUCCUCUCCCACCCUGCCGUUGCGGAUUGCGCUGUUAUUCCUGUCCCUGAUGACAGAGCCGGCGAAUUACCCAAAGCAUUCGUCGUCAAGAGUCCAUCAGCAGGGUUAGAUAAUGCAGCGACGGCACUCGCCAUCCAGAAAUACGUCGAAGACCACAAAGCACGACAUAAGUGGCUGAAGGGGGGCGUGGAAUUCUUGGACGCUAUUCCGAAGAGCCCAAGCGGCAAGAUCUUGAGACGCUUGCUGCGAGACCGGGAGCGAGAGGCGAGACGCAGAGCUGGCGCAAAGAUUUAA